AUAAAAGAAUUCUUUGCGAACCAACUCGAAAGGCGAAUCGAGCCAAUCUCCCCCCACCCCUCCUCAACCCAGCACCCGCCACCAGCGCCGCCGUGAUCAGCGUGAUGGCGGGCGAUCCGGCCGCCGGCGCUGCCCACCCCGCGUCGGGGGGCAAGGGUUCCCGCUCGUCGAUGCGUCACCGGCAGUUCCGCGACCGCGCCAAGACCCGCGUGGACGACCUCCAGGAGAUGUUCUCCGGCCUCCAGUCCGCGCGCAAGGAGAGCCGCUCCGCCGACGCCGCCGUCCUCGAGGAGCAGGUCCACCAGAUGCUCCGCGAGUGGCGCGCCGAGCUCAGUGUCCCCUCCCCCGCCUCCUCCCUCCAGAACUCGCAGGGGGGCAACCGAGAGGCCUCGGAUCCGCCGUCGGAGACGCUGCGGCUGCUGCAGCUGGCGUUGACCGAGGAGGAGGACGACGCCACCAGCAAGCUGGUGGUGCCCCGAUCGCCGCUGCAGGUGCCGGCUUCUCAUCAGAGCCACGAGCACGAGCACGGGCAGGACGGGCGGAUGCCCUAUCCCGAUCAGCAGUGUGAUGCUGUGGCUGGGGGCGCUGCUCCCGCACAGCGGUCUCUGACUCAGGGAGCGCAGGGAGAUUGUGGAGAAGUGGCUGCUGUUGCUGAUGCAAUGUUCAAUGAUCAGAUGUACUAUAUAGACCAUGAACUCAGUAUUGACUAUUUUCUUCGUGAUGAUGAUUACAAAAUAAACCUUCCUGGUUCAAACCAAGAUCACUUCAAUAACCUGCACACGAUCGGUCAGCUGGAACAUCAACAGUUCAAUUUGCCAUUAGAUCUGCCACCUUCUAAUUCAUGUGUUGAUGCGAAUAACUCUGUGCAAGAUACCGGAGAUGUUUUUGUCCACAUGUCAGACUUGCUUGCAACAAUGUGUCCAUCACCGUCUCAGUAUUUGGGGCCAAAAUGUGCACUCUGGGACUGUGGUCGACCUGUAGGAGGGUCGGAAGAAUGUCAAGAUUACUGCAACCCUUACCAUGCUGGUUUGGCUUUGAAUGAUGAUGGUCUUGGAACAAGACCGGUGAUGCGUCCAAGAGGUAUUGAUUUGAAAGAUGGGACGCUGUUUACUGCUCUUGUUGCAAAAGUCCAAGGAAAGAAUGUUGGUAUUCCUGUUUGUGAAGGGGCUGCAACUUCUAAAUCACCAUGGAAUGCACCUGAACUUUUCGAUCUUUCUCUUCUGGAGGGCGAAUCUCUUAGAGAAUGGCUGUUCUUUGACACUCCAAGAAGGGCUUUUGAGAGUGGCAACCGGAAGCAAAGGUCAUUGCCAGAUUACAGUGGACGCGGAUGGCAUGAAUCAAGGAAGCAGGUCAUGAAAGAUUUUGGGGGUCUGAAGAGGUCCUAUUACAUGGACCCACAACCAUCCAGCAACUUUGAGUGGCAUCUUUUUGAGUAUGAGAUCAAUGAUUCUGAUGCUCUUGCCUUGUACCGGCUUGAGUUCAAGUCUUCUGACGCUAAAAGGAGUGCCAAAACAAAACUGGCUAGUAGUUCGCUGAAUGAAAUCCAGCAGCAAAUGGUCAGGCUUACAGCAGACAGUCCUGUGGAAAACAAACGGACUGCUAGGAGCAAGCCAAAGGCUAAUCAGAAGGAUAACAAUGCAAAUGUUUACCCAGCUCUUAACAACCCCAAUCAAGCUAGUGCUCCGAAUGCUUAUCAAGCAGUGCCACAGGCGAACCAGAUGACAUUUCUAAAUGAAAACAUUGUUUAUGGACCUCAUCUUCCACAUUCAGAAAAUGACAUUUAUGGACCUCAUCUUCCACAUGGUUACUCAACCGAAAGAAGCAACUUAUAUUGGAAUCCAAGUGACGGGACCUAAAGCUAGGACAUAUGUAGCUCAUGCAUUGUAGAAAUUCUCGGGCGCAAACUCUAACAGCAUCGGCUAAAUUGUGGGGCUCAACACCGUGGCCCUAUACUUAAUUUUCUAGUUAUUAUUGGUUAGUUCUGCAGGGGACUGGGGACCUGCCUGGCUGGCAUGUUGAAACACUGCUAGCUUUGACUGUAAAAUAUAGUCCGGAUGCCCCAGCUUCCAAUCGAGUGUAAGAUAAAUAGACAGCUGCUGCGGGUAUAUCAGGCUUUUGAGUCCAGAAUUUCUGUGAGUGGCUGAGUUCUGAAUUGAGAUGGUUACGUUGCCUCC